AUGUUUGGCUGUGAAGUGGGCCCAGACCUGAGUCUCCUUGGCGGGUAUGACCAGUUCGCCUGCGAUGGCGUGGAUUCCAUCUCCCUGAGCGAGGACCUGCGCUCCUGGACCCCCGCGGACUCGGGGGCUCAGAUCACCCAGCGCGCGUGGGAGGCGGCGGGCAGGGCCGAGCGCGUCAGGCACAGUGUGCAGAGCAGGUGCUUCCCGCGGCUCCGCAGACUCCUGGAGAUGGGGAAGGAGGUGCUGCUGCGCACAGAUUCCUCAAAGACACUCAGGACUCACCACCCCACCUCUGAGCAUAAGGUCACCCUGAGGUGCUGGGCCCUGGGCUUCUACCCUGCAGACAUCACCCUGACCUGGCAGCGAGAUGGGGAGAACCUGACCCAGGACAUGGAGCUGGUGGAGACCAGGCCCGGGGGGGAUGGAAACUUCCAGAAGUGGGCGGCUGUAGUGGUGCCUUCUGGAGAGGAGCAGAGCUACACGUGCCAUGUGCAACAUGAGGGGCUACUGGAAACCCGAGUCCUAAGAUGGGAACAUGCACUGCAGUUCCAGAUGUUACUUACUCAGGAUGUUCCAACAAAAGAUGAAGUUUUACCUUCAGAAAUUGUUGAAAGUACGUCCAGGAUCAACUGCUUCUUGCCUUUGAAUGGCAACACCAUGGCAGCAGCUUCAUGGAGCAAGGCCAUCGAUGUGCAGGAAUACGCAGUGGUGACGCUCCAGGACACCAUAGAAGCCAAGGCUCUUCCAGCAGGUAUAUCAGCGCAGAAAUCCGAAUAG